UUGAUCCCUAUCAAAAAUAUACAAUCAUUUCAAACUUCAUAAAAUUAGUACGUGCCACACAUAUCAAAGAUGACAACACGAGAAAUAUUGACAAUUCAAUUGGGACACUACUCUAAUUUUGUUGGCACGCAUUGGUGGAAUAUACAGGAAUCAUCUUUUUCUUACGAUUCGGAUCAAUCUUCUGAAAUCAAUCACGAUGUACUGUACAGGGAAGGAGAAAAUUCAAAGGUUGAAACGUUUAAUAUACAUAAUUUAAAACAGACGACAUUUACACCACGGCUUCUGCUAAUUGAUCUUAAAGGUAGCACAGGGCACCUUAAUGAGCGUGGUGAUUUGUAUGACUCUGCAGAAGAUUCUUUGAUCCCACCUGUUGAAUUGUGGGAUCCUGAUAAUUAUGAAGUUACAACUGAACCAACAAUACCAAAAGUUCCAUUUAUACAAAGCUUGGAGCAAACGUUCGCAAAUACUGAGCCCAAAGACUUCAAUUUUGAAAGUGAUGUUACAGUUUGGGCUGAUUAUUUGGUUCCAAGAUUUCACCCAAGGACUGUAAAUAUCAUACAAGAAUACCAGCAUGAAUCUGUUGACCAACCUUUUAAUGUGUAUCAGUAUGGGCAUAAUCUGUGGCAAUCAGAUCAAUUUCAAGACGAUUUUACAAAUAAAAUUAGAGCCUAUGCCGAAGAAAGUGACCUUAUGCAAGGCUUUCAAAUAAUUUUUGAUUCUACCAAUGGAUUCUCUGGCCUUGGCUCUGCCUGCAUAGAAUAUUUACAAGACGAAUUUGGCAAAAGCACGAUUGCAUUUCCAGUUAUUGAUGGAAGAAGUUCAGAAAGAUCAAUAAAUGAUUUAGUUAAAGUUUUAAAUAUUGCUUUAUGCUACCAGAGCAUUGGAGAGCACUCGUCGUUAUUCAGCCCACUUUGUACCAGUCAAACUGGUUGGCCUCAAAAAGGAACUCAUCGUCAGUUUACAAAUCUAACUUAUAAGUCAGACUUAGAUUUCCACAGCAGCUCGCUACUUGCAACUGCAUUGGACACCAUUACUUUACGAUAUCGACAAAAAAAAUACCCGAAUUCCGCAAUGUCAGAUUUAUGCGCAGAUCUAAACAAACUUGGUAGAAAAGCCACUGCUACAAGCUUGAGCCUUCCAUUCCCCAUGUCUGUUGAUAGAGAUCUGAUAGACAUUUUGGAUGAACAGCAGGGGACCCUCUGGACCAGUUUAACACCGAACUGCGAAAUAUCGAUGGAUAAAAGUAUGCAAAGCCUAGUACUCAGGGGUAUAAAAGAAGAAAGACUCAAACAGCAACCACACAAUGCAAAAGAACAGCAAAAAAAAGCAGCUUACCGCUGUUCUAGUAUCCAUGAAAUGAUGAGUCUUUACCUUGCAUGCUCUUGUCAUGCUACCGCUACAUAUCUAACUGACGUUAGAACACCAUUGACGAUCAGGGAACCGUAUCCAAAUAUUUUUAACAACAACGUUUGUCAAAAUGGAGAUAUCUCACCAUGGCCAGUUAAUGAAGAAAUCAAAACCGUUUCUGUGAUGGCUGGUCUCCACAGUGGAGCUGGACUUUCGCAGAUGUUUGAUUCUCUUCACUCUCAAGCGAGUCGAAUAAAAAAUAUCAAUAAACUAAAAGCUUUCAAAGAUUCUGGCUUAGAGCAGGAUGAAUUUACAGAAUGUUUGAAUCAACUGCUCACUUACAAAGAAGCUUACGAAGAUCAUUAUGAAUAGUUAAUUAAACAUAGCUGAAAUUUAUUCAUUCGAAUUUUCAGAGAGUUGUUAAGUUAUUGAUCAGUGCUAAUAUUAGUUAUGUGAUAUUAAUCAUACAACCGAUAUUUGUAAAAUUUCUAUGAUGUUCAGUUAUUGGUAUUUUUUUUGAUACAAAUAAAAAUGAAAGUUCU